AUGGUGGUUUUAACAUGGUUGUUUUAUCAUGAAAAAGGAGGGGCCCAAUAUCCAUAUAUUUUGUCGGUUGCAUUAUCCCUGUCGACCAUAUCACUGAUAGCAAGGCUCAAAGAUGGGAGUCACAAAGCUGGCACUGAUCCUGAGUAUGACUCAGCAUUCGGUGACCCGCCAUGUGAGAUUUGUGAGAUUGAUGUGGCAACUCGCCAGCUGGCAAUUGAUGAGUCACUGAAGGGCUUGAACUCUCGCACCAAUGAAGGCAUGCGCCUGGAGUUGCAUUGCAUGCGCGCCUGGAUCAAUCUUUCCAUGGGCAGAAAGUAUCCUGCCAAUCGCCAAGCAUCCAAAGAACUCAGAGACUUCGUGUCGCCUUUCUUGAAACCCGCAGACGUACUUCCUAUCCCAGCUGCUGCAAAGGAAGCCCUGGACCUACGAAAAGUCUUCUGGAAGGGUCCCAUGGGUCAUGUCCUUCGAUCCUUCCUGCGAGAGGUGAUCCAUGUGGAGAAUGCCACGCGCUUGGAUCAGGUGCUGGGUUUCUUGCAGCAAGACCUGGGCCUUCGAAGCUGGCUGCGGCAACGAUCCUGGGAGGUUGAGCUUGCGCCAGGGAGCAUCGUAGUGCUGGUUCUCCAAGCUCUCAUUCAAAGGUUCCUUCCUGGCUUCUUCAUGAACAGGGCAGUGAGGAAGGCUGGGCAAAUGCUGAAAAGGAAAGAGCCCGCCCCUGCACGGCCGCUCGAGGAGGAAUACAUCAAGGACUUGAAACUCAAUGAAGCGCUGCCCAAAGCAUUGCAAGCAGUAAAUUUGCCGCGAUACUACCCAGAACAAGUGGAGUAUAUGCUGGAAAAGGUGAACGAGACGUGCAAGUGCCGAACAGGCAGUGCCGUCGUGGUAUACCUGCAACUCACAACCAAAAGCCGCGGAGACAAAUUUAGUAGGGAUGCCUGUGAUGACAUUGCUUCCACCCUCGGUGCCUUCGCUCGCAACGUCACCUACGACAAUGCCGCGUGCAAGUUCAUUUUGGAGGUCAGAGUGUCUGCAGUGGCAGACAUCAUCAAAGAAAGGUUUAACAUGUCAGAUUUGGUGGUGGUGCGACCACUACCUUUCGAAGACUUCACAUCUGUGGUCCAGGAGGUGGCAAAGCAGGGAAACGACUUCCGGACGCGGAACAAGGUUCUUGCCGACGGUGAGAUAGAGGAGGUGUUGAAGCACUACUACAUCCGCACAGGGGGCAACUUCCGCGCCUUGGGCGAGAUACUGCGAAACGUCUCCAGAGAAGGUCAGAAAGGUGCGGAUGCGGUCAUCAAGCAGGUUGAGCAGUGGUACAAGGAGAGGGUGGAACCAAUUGAAAAAAAAUUGGAUGACCAGGACCAGGAAGUGAAAGACUAUCUCCUCAAGGUGGCAGAGGCAGGACCCAUGGGGUCCCUCCCAGAGAGCGACGAGGAGACCGAAAUGAAGUUGAAGCUUCUUCGUGAGGAGCCAGCAGACUGCGUCCUGAGGAGAACAACCAAUUUGAGAGUGGCUUUGAAGCACUGGCAUUUCGUCGCCAAGCUCUUUCAAGAGGAUGAGCAGAAGUUGAGGGAUGCAGGCCCACGUCCCAUGGAUUCAGGACAUGUUUCUGUCGCUUUGGAUGCAAAGCUGGGAAACCCAAAAAGGUCUUUGACGCUAGGCUUAGCUGAUCUCAUCAUCCCGGAAAGUCAUGGUAUCCCCACCACGGGAGUUGCAUUUCCAAUUUUCCGGGCCUGCGGCCGCGCGGCUUUCAGGUUCAAAAACACCUACCAGUCCGGAUUCCUCUCGAUCCUGUACUCCAUCGGCAGCAAACCACUUCAGAUCUGGGACAAGAAGGUGCGCAAUGGUCACAUCAAGCGCCUCACGGAUUCGGAUAUCCAAUCCAGCGUUCUGGAGAUCAUGGGGACCAAUGUGAGCACGACCUACAUCACUUGCCCAGCUGAUUCGUCCAAGACCUUGGGCAUCAAACUGCCCUUCCUGGUGAUGAUCAUCAAGAACUUGAAGAAGUAUUUCACCUUUGAGGUCACCGUCCUGGACGACAAGGAAGUGCGUCGACGCUUUCGGGCUUCCAACUAUCAGAGCACCACCAGGGUGAAGCCCUUCAUUUGCACCAUGCCGAUGCGAUUAGAUGAAGGUCCUAGCUACAGAGAGCUCGACAUGAUUAGGAUCCAGUUCAAUCUCUCAGAUUUCACCCGCCGUGCCUAUGGAACCAACUACAUCGAGACUCUUCGCGUUCAGCUUCAUGCCAAUUGCCGUAUCCGCCGCAUCUACUUCAGCGAUCGCCUCUAUAGUGAGGAAGAGUUGCCUCCCGAGUUCAAGCUGUUCCUUCCAGUCGCACAGAAGGCGCAGGCGCAAGCGCAGGCAACAACGGCUGUGCACUUGGACAAGGGCACGGCCAAAAUCAAGCUCCGAGGCUACGAAAUCGAGAUCUCGCAAGACAUGCCUCUCAGCCCAGUGGAACUUCAGUUGCAGGCCAACUUUGAGGUCAUAGCCGCAGGCACUGCUUUCGUGGCCUACAACGGCAGUGGCCUGCAGGGACUUCAGCCCCGGCCUGAAAUGCUGUACACCAUCCGCAGUGGUUUGUUGGAAGCCGAAGGCUUGAAGCCCAGCUAUGCCCCACAGACUCCACAGUCGCGCACGGCCGUGGAGCAGGUGACCAGCGGCGAGGCGCACGUCUCUCAGCUUGCCGUGGCCGCCAGCUUUGCGGAGCUGGAGAAGACCAAGGGAGUCCCGACGGAUUUGGUGCACUUCGCCCAGAUCAACGAACGGGAUGGUUUCUUCUUGGUGGGACGCCAAGGGAAUUUCCAGUGGCGGGAUUUGGAGAAGAAAAAGGUGUUGGUGGAUCACCUCUUUCAACCCUUGGCGUUGAUGAAAUAUGCCUGUCACCUGCAGAAUGUGGACUAUUCGUCCAUUGAGGUUGUGGAUGCAGGUGGCCCAGAUGCCAUGGAGCAGGCAUUUCGUGAUGGACAAGGCGACUUCGUUCAUCUGCAGGGGCCUACGGCGCAACAGUUGGAACAUGAGGGCAAAGGCGUUGUGGUGGCCUCGAUGGGUGAUGUCAUUGGGCCAGUGGCCUUUAGCUCCCUCUUCGCCAAGAGAGACUGGCUAAGAACCGAUAUGGCAAAAGCCUUCAUGAAAGCGUAUGGAAAGGGGCGCAGAGCCACUGCAGAGUUGUCUGCCAAAGAAGUGGCCCAGGUGGUUCAACCCUUCUUUGAGGAGAUCAAUCCCUGCGUUUUGGUGUCCACCAUCGACGUCUAUCAACGCAUGGGCUGCUGGGAUGGAGACACCGCUGUACCGCCGCAGACCUACGAGAAGCUGCUGGAUGCCUUUCUUUACA